AUGCAGACACCCCUACCCCUCCCUGCCUUUUUCGUUUUUGACACAGUGCUUGUCUGGUUCGCCUUAAUCUCGUCUCUCUUCUUCUCCCGAUUUUGUCUCUCUCUUUUCCCGGAUCUUGUCUUUUUUCUUCUUUUGAUAUUUUCUAGAAUACUCCCGCAUUUUGUCUUUGUUCUUCUUUUGAUAUUCUCUAGAAUACUCCCGCAUUUUGUCUUUGUUCUUCUUUUGAUAUUCUCUAUUAUAUUUCUGCAUUUUGUCUUUGUUCCUUUUGUAAUAUUCUCUUCUUCUCUCCUUAAUCUUGUUUUUGUUCUUCUUUUGAUAUUCUCUCCAAUAUUCUUUCUUUUGCUUCUUUCUUUUGUCUUUGUUUUUUUUAUUAUAUUCUCUUUGAUAUUCUUUUCUAAUCUUGUUUUUGUUCUUCUUUCGAUAUUCUCUCCAAUAUUCUCUCCUUCUCUCUCGGAUUUUGUCUUUGUUUUUUUUGUUAUAUUCUCUUUGAUAUUCUCUAUUAUAUUUCUGCCUUUUGUCUUUGUUCAUUUUUCCAUAUUCUCUUCUUUUCUUAUUAAUUUUGUCUUUGUUCUUCUUUCGAUAUUCUCUAUUAUAUUUCUGCCUUUUGUCUUUGUUUUUUUUUCGAUAUUCUCUGUGAUAUUCCUGUAUCUUGUUUUUGUUCUUCUUUUUAUAUUCUCUUUGAUAUUCUUUUUUUCUUUCUAUUAUCUUAUCUUUGUUCUUUUGGUAAUAUUCCCCCUGCUUUUCCGUAAUUUUGCCCUUGUUCUCUUGGUACCACAUCAGGGAGGUCUCUCGUUUUCGUUUUCGAACUCGGUCAGAGGUUUCCAGAGAAUCAUCCAUGUGGAGGCUAAUCAGGCCAAGUGGCGUUAG